AUGAUUGCUCCUCCCUGGACGCUGGACGCUUAUGCAUGGGAACAGAUCGCAAAGCUGCCGGACGACCAGAAGGAAUACGGAUGGGCAACAUUUCGACAUUACUACUACAACUCGUACAAGGUGCCUUGUGUAGCUACCUUCCUGAUAUGGAGCCUCUUCCUGUUUCUGGCUCUCGCUUCGGGCUUCAGCUCACUUCUCGCAGUCUUGCUGCCCCGCGCGCAUCAUGCGUUGUCGAGAAGGACUUCGUGGUGGAGAGGCCACAUCUCUGAGCACCCUCUUGCAUCCGAAAAGCACUCUCAGGUCAUUCGAUGUGGCUCGGGAUGCCUGCGUUGGCUGACCUUGCAUGUCCCACUCCGACUGGAGACUGCCGUUCUGAUCGUCAUGAUGAUCCUCAAUGUCGUUCCUUACUUCAGCUUCUACUCGCUUUACGUCGGCCACAACACGUAUUUUGUCGGCACGGACUCGGUCAGUCGGCGAUCUCAGAUACUUCGGCACCUAGCCAAUCGUUGCGCCAUGCUCGGCAUAGGUCAGUUGCCAAUGCUGAUUUUGCUAGCGAGCAAACGGACGCCGGUAGCGCUGCUCAGCCAACUUUCGAUGAACACACUGAUGCUGUUCCAUCGCUGGAUUGCCAGGAUGUGCUACUUGCACAUCAUCGUUCACGUUCUCUGCAAUGCUCUCAUCUUUCACUUCGGCAUCGGGGCUCGAGAAAGCCUGAAGCACCCGCCAGUGCAGCUGGGCAUCUUGGCAGUCACUAUGCUGUCAGGUCUCGUGUUCCUGUCGCUCAGAGCGUUGCGCAAGAGGCACUACGAGGUCUUCGUGUUCCUCCACAUCAGCAUGGCAGUGCUCAUGCUCAUAUUUACGUAUCUGCACAUCAAGCUUCUCCACCAAGGACGGCUUGCUUUGCAGAUCUUCGUCAUCGAGCUUUCGGCGGCAUUAUGGGCCUUUGAUAGGCUCGUUCGUCUGCUGGGUCGCGUUGCCAUGUCCCUCUCGUGGCGCUACGCUGACGGCGCCGGCGCUACGCGUAAGGCUGAGCUCAAAUCGUACGGUGACGGCGCAUACACGCGUCUGCGGAUUCAAGUCCCGGCUUCUCGGCUGCGCCUCGUUUCAACGCCUUCAGAGUCGAGGUCGGACUCCUCCAUGGAGCUAGGAAAGGGUCCAAGACAGUGGUUCGGCCUCAGUCACAGCCGCUUGCGCUUUCACCCAGGGUCCGGAAUCGUACGCAUAGGCGCUGGCGAUGAUAUUCGCAUCACCAUACCAAGAUUGCAGUGGUUUUCGGAUCACCCGUUUUCAGUGUUUGCCGUGGGACGUCGCAAGUCGGACGGUCCGAAUAUGGGCUACGUGGAUCUCAUCAUUCAGCGUCAAGCUGGCCUGACACAGAAAUUGGCCGUGCUAGCCCAGGAACUCUCCAGUUCGAAGGCAGACGGCCUGCGGAUCCCCAACGACGAUUUUCUGAAGCAAGCAGUUCAAAACAAGGGCAGGCGAGUCAGGGUAGUGAUUGAUGGCCCAUUUGGAAGGAGCCCUUCACUGGAAGGCGCCAGACAUGCCGUUCUGGUCGCCGGAGGUAUCGCGAUCACCUUCUGCUACCCGUUGCUUGUCAAGGCAGCUCUGGGCAGAUUCACCGGCCUCGAGACCUGCAAGCUUGUUUGGAUCAUCCGAGACGAAGGCAUCCUAGACGCCCUGCGUGACGGCUUGUCCGAGCUCCUCCGCGAGCUUGAGCUCCAGGGGUCUGCUUCGUGCAGGCUCUCGAUCGACAUCUACACGACGUCAAAAGCUAGGACAGUUCCUAGCGGCUUAUCUCAUGACCUGCGCCAGAUGCCCGAUGGGCAAUUACCAGCAAGCCCAGAGCCGACCCAGCAAGAGCCGAUCCAGCAAGAAAGCAUCAUGUCGUCAACGUUUCAAUUGAUGUCUUCUAUUCCUCUUCCAAGACACACGGGUUCAUCCAUCUCUGUUCCAUCGCCUUCACAUUCUGCUUCGAAGCUUUCACCAGGGAUGGAAGUGGGUGAACCAUGUCAUUUGCUCGUCCUCCCAAGAUUCGGACCCAUAUAUCAGCAAGUACACAUGGAAUAUUGUACUGCAGAAGAACGGGCCCUGCAAUUCAAGGGCGGCCUUCCGACCUCGUUGACUUUCGACAACAAGUAUUCGCCAUCAGCAAGCUCACAAGACUUUUCGGAAGCUGCAGCAGAGCCAUCGACCUGGAAAUCUGGCUGCACACCGUCACGUUGCUUAGAAAGCAGCCACUCGGCAUCCGAAAGCGUCUGCAGUACUUCGCCGAGCGGUGCCUCUUCGCCUAAGAGACCGUUCGAAACCAGCCUGACAUGGCAGGACAAAGUUCACAGCAGAUUGUCCGUGUCCCAUGAUAUCCUGUCGGAAACACCAAUUGACGCCUUAAUCCGAAUAAGAAGAUUCCAGGGCAGGCCCACAUCGAUGGCACUGGUACACAACCACGUUCCGAUGGAGGAUAUGAAGGACAAUUUGGUCUUCGCGUCUUGCGGACCAGCCACCAUGUGCGACGCUGUUCGGAGCGAGGCUGUAGUGAUGCUCAAACAAGGCUGGAACGUGACACUCGUCGAAGACUGUUUCAACUGGUGA